AUGCCAGCCAGAGAUUUAGCAGAUAAUGUUGUCAUGGACCUGAUGGACAGAUUUAAUAUACAAGGACACUCUCUUUUCAUGGACAACUUCUACACUUCCCCUCGUUUACUUGAUAAAUUGUUGGCUGUUGGAACUUAUGCUUGUGGGGCAUGGAGGAAGGACAGACUGCAUUUCCCAUGGGAACUGGUUGCAACAACCCUACAGCAAGGUGAAGCACAAUGUUUUAAAUGUGGAAGUCUGACAGCAGUGAAAUGGACGGACAAACGAGACAUCUAUGCCCUUUCUACUUUAUACUCCAGUGCCAUGACAACUAGAAGAAGAGGAAGGGAUGCUGAGGUUACAAAACCUCAGCUAAUUGUAGACUAUAACAAGUUUAUGGGAGAAGUAGACCUUAAUGACCAGUUCCUCAGCUACUAUUCAACUGGAUGA